AUGGACAAGCACGUGAUAGUGUCCGGGGACUUCAAUGCAAGACAUCCUUCAUGGGAGCCCGAUAGCCACCCUUGUCCGAAGGGAAAGCUUAUAGCAGAGGAGCUUUUGACGUCCCGACUCGUAAUGAUGAAUGACGGAACGCCAACAACCAUCCCACGAAUAAACAGCGAUCCAACGGCCAUCGACCUGCCCAUGGCCUCGGGAGAUCUAGCCGGUAUGAUGGAAUGGAAGGUAGAGGAAGAGGAGUUUGGAAGCUCACACUUAUGCAUAGUAAUGAGUAUAACUACGAAAGCUCCAGUUAUCAAGGAAAAACGUAAAAAGGUCAACAUGAGAAAAGCUAUCGACUACCUGAACUGCAUCCAACCGCAAUUCCUCUACGAUCCGGAGGAAAUGCAAGAUAUAUUUGAGGAGAAUAUCGAAAAAGCAAGCUACACGAUAGUCAACAAUAAAGCAAACUACCUCAAGCGCUGGUGGAAUCAGGAGAUACAAGAGGCGUACGACAGCAAGAGACUUCAUCUGCGCAAGGACGUCUUCAAGAGAAUAGUGCGGAAGGCGAAAAGAAAACACGACUUUGAAAUGAAGGAGAAUAUCAACGAAUCCACCCCGGCCAAGCAAAUAUGGAAUAUCAUCAGAGGACUAGACACAAGCCUAACAGGAAACAAGAAAGGAGCCGACGCACACCCACCAAAGGAAAUUGCGGAGAAAUUCGUAGCAGCAAACUAUAAACCUUUCUCCUCAGCACUGUACAGUGUAGGAAAGAACAUCAACAUGGAUGACGACCUAGGAAAAUCUCUGGAAGUAGCGGAGUUCAUGCAAAUACUAAAGAGCAAGAAGGAUUACUCAGCGGCCGGAAUCGACAACAUAUCAUACCGAAUCCUGAAGCAGCUGAAAUUGGACAUAUUAGUCGAGAUCUGUAACCAGCUUAAUCGAGUAUGGAGGAGCAAACCCAGAAAGAUGGAGGAGGAACAAGCUAGUGUUGAUACAAAAACCUAA